AUGUUAGCUCUGGCGGCGACGGCCGUGGGGCGGGCGAGCGAAGGUUCGGAGGUGAGUGAGGACCCGUUGGUGGUGAUAUAUUACGAGAAUUGGGCUGGGUGGGUGCGCGAGUUUUCGCCGUCUACUUUAGAGAAGAACAUUUUGUCAAGAGGGAUGCCGGUGAGGAACUUUGUACUGAAUUACGCGUUCUAUACUUGGAAUCCUGAAGAGUGUUCGGUUCAGCCUGUGGACACAGUGGAUCUACAGAAGGGUGACCAUGGAGGGUGGACAGCGGAUGACUGGAACAUUCAAGUAAACGAGUCGUGGGAGACGGCGAACCCUGCGGGUGGGCACUUACCAGCAUUCAUGAUGAUCAAAUCUAAGUAUCCUCAUAUCAAGCUGCUACCCUCUAUCGGUGGUUGGUCUCGGUCGGGCACGUUCCAUGAUUGUCUGAUUAACAAGUCUGAUGUCAUGCUGCAGUCGCUGUCCGACUUUGUGAUCGCCUGGGGUUGGGAUGGGGUCGACUUCGACUGGGAGUACCCUAACUGUGAUGGCGCACCUUGCGGCUGCCAGAACGAGGCCGUUUGUCUUGACGGGACCGGACUCAGUAAUAAAGCCGGUGCCGGCGACUGGGACCGUUACACGGCGUGGUUGAAGAAGGUGCGCAGCAAGUUCAAUGAGCUAGAGGACGAGCUCGGCCGGCGCCUGUAUAUUACGGCUGCACUUGGCAUGAACCCGAAACUGAUUGACGGUAAUAAUGCCCAAUGGAGUGUAGGCACGCCAAUCGAGUUUGUUUGCGAUGAAGACGUCUUCGACUGGGUUAACUUGAUGACGUACGACUUCUUCGGACCCUGGGCGGCGAUUACGGGGCCACUGGCACCGCUCUAUCCCAACCCUGAGGCGCCAGUGGACCAAAUGUCCAUCCAGGAGUCGUUGGACAAGAUUCUCGCGCGUUGCUCCAAGCCGUACAAACUGACCAUGGGACUGGCCACCUACGGAAAGUCCUGGCAGAGUGUGCCAAAGACCGGAACCGUACCCGGACUCUGGCAAGAGUCCACCGCCACAACCUACCCCGCAGGCGGAACAUGGGAACUGGGCACGCUUUCCUGGUUUGAUAUUAAGAACAACAUAUUGCCAAAGUGCACACGCACCUGGGACGACGUCUCCAAGACACCCACGCUUUAUUGUGACUCCAUGCCCGCAGCCAGCUCCAUUCCUUAUGACCCCAAUACCGGCCCCGUCCCGCGUUCUCAGACCAACGUAUUCAUCACUUACGAAGACGGCGAGUCCUGGAAGUACAAAAUGCAAUAUGCCCGGAGUAAGGGUAUGGGAGGCGCCAUCAUCUGGGCGGCCUCCGACGUUGGCAGUGGCCAAUCCUACUCACCCGAGUCCGCGGCCGAUCUCUUCCAAGGCCUCUUUGAAGGCUGGACAGGCAAUCCCGUCACCAUUGGCAGUCCCCAAACCAACUCGUUCAAAUUCGAACCCAUCAAACGCUGGGAUACCUACCCCUGCCCUCUUGCCGACUGGUACGUAAGCAACGACCAACCCAUCGAUGUCAGCAGAUGCAGCAGCGCAACCUUCUCACCCAAAAGCACCUACUUCGUCGCGAAGGGCUCUGGAACCACCUCCGAUAUUGGCAAGAACAACAUCAUGAUAGUACCCACCGGCGGAGACACUACUCAACAGACCACUACUCCAAAGCCGACUACGACCACCCCGAGGAUGACCACGAGCACGACCACGACCACCAUCCCGAGGCCUACCAUGCCCACUACCGCGGCACCGGUGCCUACCACCCCAGCUCAAGUGCCUACCACCCCAGCUCAAGCACCGACUACACCCGCCGCGACGAUGACUACUCGCGCAACCCAAGCCUCUACCACCACCAAGGCGCAUCCUAAAUGCAUUUCGAAGCCCAGCCGGAAUACGACUCCCGCGCCUGUAGCGUCUUCCACUUCUCUUGAGCACACAGAAUGCCCUCUACCACCUAUCAAUGUGCCCACUGGGACUCCCCCGCCUCCAACUACGACCACGACCAGAACAACAACUUCGACGAAUGCAGGACUGGACUACCAGGCUAUGGCAAAGGGCUGCGAAACUCUUUUGGCUGCCACAAAGGACAUGUGGAAGGAUAUUUGCAAAAACUACUGCGUUCUGUAUGUCCCUGGAGGGUCUCUUGGAGUGUGGUGUGACUCGCCAACGUCGUCAUUGGAUUUGGCCAAAUGCGUGACUUCGCAAUUUGAUUUCUGUGUCAUCAAGAACUAA